CCGCCCCGGCCGGCGGCGCAGGCGUGCGGCGGGGCCGCGUUCUCGCGAGGCGCUGGUGCCGCCGCGGAGGCGCGGGCCGGGGCGGCCGGGCCGGGGCGAAAUUUGAUCUUAAAAGGCGCGGUGUGCAGAGGCCAUGGGUUUGUCCGCAUCCUCCCCGGCUGCUGCAGAGCAGUCACCAAAUGCGUCCAGGCGGUAUCAGACAGCGUCGCCACCUUCAGAAUGUCCCAUGCAUCAGGAAAAAAUGAGCGGUUGUCCAAUGCACAUGAAGACUGCUGAUCAUAGAACUGAGAACACAGAUGAUGUUCCUGCACAUCAAGAAAGAGCUUAUGAGUUUGUAGCAUGUCCUGUGAAGUCUGGUGCAUCUCAAAUGAAAGAUGACAUAGAUCCCAGCAAUAUGAUGCCUCCUCCCAAUCAGCAGCCAUCCCCAGGUCAACCAUUUCCAUUGUCAACUGUUAGAGAAGAAUCUUCCAUUCCUAGAGCACAUUCUGACAAGAAAUGGGUCUACCCUUCAGAGCAAAUGUUCUGGAAUGCUAUGCUAAGAAAAGGGUGGAGGUGGAAAGAUGAUGACAUAACAAGUGAAGACAUGACCAACAUUAUUAAGAUUCAUAAUCAGAAUAAUGAGCAAGCUUGGAAGGAGAUUUUGAAGUGGGAAGCUCUACAUGCUGUGGAGUGUCCAUGUGGGCCUGCACUGAUGCGGUUUGGAGGCAAAGCAAAGGAGUACUCACCAAGAGCCAGAAUACGUUCGUGGAUGGGGUACGAGCUGCCCUUCGAUCGCCAUGACUGGAUCGUGGACCGCUGCGGGAAGGAGGUGCGCUACGUCAUCGAUUACUACGACGGCGGCGCGGUGGACAAGGACUACCAGUUCACCAUCCUGGACGUGCGCCCGGCCAUGGACUCGCUCUCGGCCGUCUGGGACAGGGUGAAGGUGGCCUGGUGGCGCUGGACCUCCUGACUGCUCCUGUGGUCUGUACUCGCAGAGUUACCAUUUUCCUCUAGACAAUGGACGUGGGACUAUCGGGACUUGAGAUAUAAGUUACUGCAGCCGUCAUUGCUUUCAUCAUCACCACUAUUCUUUUGGGGUGGGAAGGGAGGACAGAGAAACAUCUUGUUAAGUACACCAAUGCUUUGUGGUGUUUCAAAUGGAAUAAUAAAGUUACAGUGGCAAAAACACGUAUCUUAAUUUUUUUUAGGAACUGAGAAUCCUUUCUUACUUUGUCUCAGAUUGUGUGUAAACUUGCCUUCUCUGCAGUUUAUUACUUCAGUGCUGCUCCAAAUACAUUACAGUUUUGAUUCUGACUGGAGUUUUGAGUGUUACUUCAUUAGUGAAAACUGGAAGUUUCAUAAAUUAUUUCACAUAUUUAAAGUAUUUUAAUACCUCCGUGAUGAACAAAGGGUAAAAGUUCUGGACUCUUUCAAAUUACAUGUUUUAUUUACACUGUAAAACCAUGUAUUUCUUUUCAUGGACAUUUUACCUAUUCAAAUACAUACUUCCUCAGAAAACUUCAGUUAGUCAAUUAAAGGAGGUGUUGUGCAGGAAUGAGUAUCACUUUUAAAACAGCAUUUCUAAAAGGACAUAAUAUUUAAUGGCUAUUUAUUUGAAUAUUUAAAAGGUGGUUUUCUGAUGUAAGAAGAUGCAUUAUUACAGUAUUUUCAUGUCUGUAAUGUGUCAUGUAAUGAAUUCAGGACAGAGCUAAGCCUUAUUUUAAAAUGCUCCUGCAGUGCAUCUGUAUUUGGCAUCCUGGUUGGAUUAAUGAUAUUUAUUACAGCAUGGUUUUUUAUAUAAGGAAUUGCACAAGAGGGUGUGACUACACAAUCACACACGUGAGUAUAGUGAGAUGUAUUACAGGUGUGUACAUAACUGGGCUAAAAGAGUAUCAGAAAUGCCAAGGGAGAAGGCUGAUAGGAGUGUUUUGUAAGAGUCAUGCAUGGGGUAAAGAUUUGAUUAUUUGUGCUUAGUAGGGUGAACUAACUUCUUUUAAGUCUUCCGCUGUAAGAGCUUUAAGUUUGCACGACUCAGUAAGUCUCUGGUGCUGUGCAAAACUCUUGGGAAUGGAAAGGAGUAAGAGAAUAGCACAUUGUAGCUCUCAAAUGGUGGAAGCUGCCUUCUUGAAAUUCCCAACCUUAACAGGGAACUAGCUAUACAUUUCAUUUUCUGAAAGUGGCCUAUGUUUAACUGACAUUGGAACCUUUUGUUUUGUUUGUGGUUUUUUUUAUGGGAAGCCCUCCUUAAUGUUUCAGGAAAGUCAUUUCUCAUUUAAGGAAAAAUUAGUCAGGGAAGCUUUCCAACUUUAGAAUUCUAAUGAUCACAAAUAGUUCCCACUUCAGAGACAACCGUUGUGCAUGGUAAAAUAAAUAUUAUACAGAAUCCUAAGAGGAAAACCAUGCUCUUACCUAUAUCUACUUUGCUAAUUCCUUUUUCACCUUUUCAGUGAUUCAUAUACAAAUAUAUAUAUAUAUAUAUAAAUGAUAAACAGGGAAGAAAAAAAAUCCAUCUAAAUAGGCAAUGUAUGGAUGAGAUAAAUGAAAAGUGAGUUUGUAUGAAGCAUGUCCAACUCAUGAAGGAAGUGCUCAGUUCUAAUAGUAAAGAUUGAGGAGUACUCUUUGGGAUUGUUUUUGUAGCUGUUGAUUUAUGCAUUUGGCAAUUUGCUACACUGAGGAUUCUGUAUUUCUCAUAAUUAAAUAUGAAAAGGCUACAUCACUGUAGGGAGUUCUUCAGAAGCUUCAAAAGCAGGAGUUUGCUUUGUUGAUUUCGGCAGUGUGAUGUUGAGAGCAUGGAAAUUGUAAUCGCUGCUAAAUCUGGGGAAAUCCACAAGCCACUUCAUAUGUUUACUAUCUUGUGUUAUGUUCCAUCUUCCACAGAUUCAAAAUAGUUCUUUUCUGUGCUACUGUUAAUGAAAUGUACUACUUUGUCAUCAAACUAAAAAGAGAAUCAAAUAAAUAUACUUUUCUUAA